AUGCCGGCGGCGCGGCGGUGCGGAGCGCGGGUGCUGUGGGCGAUGCUGUGGGUGGCCGUGGUGCGCUCCUACAACGUGGACGUGGGUCGCCCCGUGAUUUUCCGGGGUCCCAACGGGUCCUUCUUUGGGUACUCGGUGCUGCAGCACUACCACGACAGCACGCGGUGGGUCUUGGUUGGUGCUCCCAAGGCAGAAUCUAAAUACAGCACCUCUGUUCAGUCCCCAGGAGCAGUGUUUAAAUGUCGAGUCCAUACCAACCCUGACAGAAGAUGCACAGAACUGGACAUGGGGAGAGGCAAUUCUCGGGGUAUGCUGUGUGGAAAGACCUGUAAGGAAGACAGAGAUGAUGAAUGGAUGGGUGUGAGCCUAGCUAGACAGCCAAAGGCUGGUGGAAGUGUGCUGGCAUGUGCGCACCGAUGGAAAAACAUCUACUAUGAGACGGAGUACAUCUUGCCCCAUGGCUUCUGCAACAUCAUUCCUCCUGACCUGCAGUCCAAAGGGAGGAAGCUCUUGCCCUGCUAUGAAGAGUACAAGAAGAAGUAUGGGGAGGAGCAUGGUUCAUGCCAGGCAGGGAUCGCAGGCUUCUUCACCGAGGAACUGGUCAUCAUGGGGGCACCAGGAUCUUAUUAUUGGACAGGAACUGUCAAAGUACUGAAUCUCACUGACAACACUUACUACAAGCUGAAUGAUGAUGCUGUGAUAGCCAGGAGGUACACAUACCUUGGAUAUGCGGUGACAGCAGGUCAUUUCUCUCAGCUUACUACCACUGACAUUGUAGGAGGAGCUCCCCAGGAUGGAGGCAUUGGAAAGGUUUAUAUUUUCAGAACAGACAGACAAUCAGGUUCUCUAAUAAAGAUUUUUCAGGCUUCAGGAAAAAAGAUGGGCUCUUACUUUGGCUCCUCCUUAUGUGCAGUUGACCUGAAUUCAGAUGGGUUGUCAGACCUGCUCGUUGGAGCACCUAUGUUUUCUGAGAUCAGAGAUGAGGGUCAAGUUACAGUCUACAUCAACAGAGGAAAUGGAGUGCUGGAAGAGCAGCUCACCCUGGAUGGUGACAGUGCCUACAAUGCACACUUUGGGGAGAGCAUGGCUGCCCUUGGUGACAUUGAUGACGAUGGCUUCCCAGAUGUUGCCAUUGGAGCACCCAAGGAGGAUAACUACAUAGGAGCAGUGUACAUUUACCAUGGGGAUGCCAAUGGUAUUAUACCUCAGUACUCUAUGAAGCUGUCUGGGCAAACAAUAAACCCAAAGCUGCGUAUGUUUGGCCAGUCCAUAUCAGGGGGAGUUGAUAUGGAUAGCAAUGGUUAUCCAGAUAUGACUGUUGGAGCCUUCCUGUCAGACCAUGUGGUACUUCUGAGAUCCAGGCCUGUCAUUACCAUGGAUGUCACCAUUUACCUGCCUGUAUCUAUCAAUAUCACAGCUCCUCAGUGCCAUGAUGGUUUGCAGCCAGUGAACUGCCUCAAUGUCACAGCAUGCUUUCGUUUCAGUGGGAAGCAUGUUCCUGGAGAAAUAGGUUUGAAUUAUAAUUUGACUGCUGAUGUGGCAAAGAAGGAAAAGAGCCAGCAACCCAGAGUUUACUUUGUGACUUCUGGAGAGGCAGCAGGGCAGAUCACAGAAAAGUUACAACUGUCAUUCAUGCAGGAAAAGUGUGAGCAUUACCUAGCAUAUGUCAAGAAAAGAGUCAAGGACGUCAUCUCUCCAAUUGUAUUUGAAGCUUCAUACAGCCUUGGGGAACAUGUGAUAGAAAGAGAAAAAGAGGACAAGGAACUAACUGCUCUGAAGCCCGUUCUUCGCUGGAAGAGAGGACAGAAGAUAGCACAAAGGAAUCAGACUAUUUUUGAGAGGAACUGUCAAUCUGAUGACUGUGCUGCUGAUUUGAAACUUCAGGGUAAAUUAUUGCUAUCUGGUGUUGAUGACAGAACUGCCUACCUGGCCCUGGGAGCAGUGAGGAACAUCUCACUUAACAUUUUCAUCUCCAACAUUGGUGAUGAUGCCUACGACACCAAUGUUUUCUUCAAUUUUUCUGGAGAGCUCUUCUUCAUCAAAAUGUGGCAAAAGGAGGAGCUGGGCAUUGCUUGUGAGUUACUGGAGUCAGAUUUCCUCAAGUGCAGUGUGGGAUUUCCUUUCAUGCGAUCCAAAUCUAUGUAUGAGUUCAGUGUGGUCUUUGACACAAGUCACUUGAGUGGGCAGGAAGAAACACUUACCUUCCUUGUCACUGCCCAAAGUGGAAACCUAGAAUGCACUGAAUGUCUGCAUGAUAAUACUCUAAUCCUGUCAGUGCCCCUGAUGCACGAAGUGGACUCAUCCAUCAAUGGAGAAGUCUUCCCCAGUUCAUUUUUCUAUGGGGAUUCUGUGGAAGCGUCCAACUUUGUUCAGUUGGAAAACCAUGAAUGCCUUUUCCAGUCUCUCAACUUCACCCUGCAGGUUUACAAUGCUGGACCAAGCACUCUUCCUGGAGCUUUUCUUGAUAUUUCAAUUCCAAAUCGCCUCUCUGCCACUGGAGCUGAAAUAUUUCACAUUCAGCAGAUGAUGGUUGGUCAGGACAAAGGAAGCUGUUCUUUCCAUAGAAACCACCGCCCAUGCAUUGUUCCUCAAGAGAAUGAAAAUAUUUUCCACACAAUAUUUGCUUUUUUCACGAAGUCUGGCAGAAAAGUAUUGGACUGUGAAAGACCAGGCAGAUCUUGUUUAAUUGUACACUGCAAUUUAAGCUCACUACCUAAAGCAGAGUCCUGUGAUAUAAGUAUCUACAUGCUGCUGAAUACUGAGAUCCUCAAGAAGGACAGUUCAUCGGUCAUCCAGUUUGUCACAAGGGCAAGGCUGCAGGUGGACCAUGACCUCAGAGUUGUGGAGGUGCCCAAUGGGAGCCCAGAAGAAAAAGCAGUGGUCUUUGAGGCUUUGCACAAUCUGGAGCCUCGUGGGUAUGUUGUUGGAUGGAUCAUUGCCAUCAGUUUGUUGGUGGGAAUUCUCAUCUUCCUAUUGCUGGCUGUGCUCUUAUGGAAGAUGGGCUUCUUCCGCCGGAGGUACAAAGAAAUUAUUGAGGCUGAAAAGAGCAGAAAGGAGAAUGAAGAUAGUUGGAACUGGGUCCAGAAAAACCAGUAAACUGCCCAUGAGAACAAAACUGCCCAGUCAUGUGACAUGCACUCGUUAGUCUAUAGGUCCUGCUUCGUA